AUCUAAACCCUCAACGGGAAACCCAAAAAAAAAAAAGGGACUCAGAGCGAUCGUGUUGGGCAGCCAUCUGGGUAUGGAAGAAAUGAAGAGCAAGACCCCAUUUCAAGCCGUCAAGUCCAGAUUCACUGACCGGAAGAAGGAGAAGGAAAUGAAGGCCAUAGUAAGGGAGGAUCCGGGUGGACCGGAGGUCCUCCGAGUAAUGCGAGUGCCUGAACCGAAAAUCACGGACGAUGAAGUCCUCAUACGCGUGGCAGCCACCGCGCUGAACGGGCCUGACAUAAUCGAGAGGAGAGUGACUUACCCGCCGUCCAAGACUCAAAGCCCCAUCUUAGGUCUCGAAUGUGCAGGAACCAUCGAGAAAGUCGGUCAAAAUGUCAAACGCUGGCAAGUCGGCCAACAGGUCUGUGCUGUUACCAAUGGAGGGGCCUAUGCUGAGAAGGUAGCUGUUCCACAGGGACUAGUUCUUCCUAUCCCAGAGGGUAUACCUUUGGCAGAAGCUGCUAGUUUUCCUCAGGUUGCAUGCAGCGUUUGGGCGGCUCUUUUUACAGAAGAUAAGCUAUCUGUAUCCUAUUUUUUACCUGAGGAUGCUAGUAAGACUAGUCUAUCUGCUGGUGGAUCACUUUUGAUGGCAUCCACUUUUUGGGCGGCGCUUACUAUGAAGACUAGGGAAGCUAGCAGGAGUCCCCUAUGCGCUGGUGAUAGUCUCUUGGUGGUGGCAUGCACUGUUUGGGUCAUACUUGUACUGAAAGUUAAGCUGUGUUCUUGGUUUCCUGGUAGUAGGAGGCGGUUGAAUGCUGGUGAAACUCUGAUGGUUCAUGGGGGCUCAGGUGGUAUUGGAACAUUUACAAUUCAGUUAGCUAAACAGCGGGGAGUUAAAGUAAUCGCCACAGCAGUUAGCGACGACCAGUUACGUGCUUGUGAGGAACUUGGAGCUGAUGAGUGCAUCGCUUUCAAUCACAAGGACAAGGACAAGAACAAAGCAGAGAAAUUAAUUGAAAUGGUUAAAAGUAAAACAUAUGGCAAAGGAGUGGAUGUAAUCUUGAGUAGCCUUGGGAUCGAAUAUUUAUUGGAAGAAAAUGCCUGCUUGAAAGUUGAUGGGAUGCUUGUUAGCAUCGUGGGCUGUUGUGCAGUACACUCAGAUGAUUGUAGUCGGCUUCCACAGCCAAAAAGUGAAAACUCUAAGGUUCAAGCACGCUACAACAUCGGAGUGGCUGGCUUCCGGUAUAGAAAUACACAAUACAAAGCGAGAAUUGUGAGGGAGGUUGAGGAGCACGUGUGGCCUCUUAUUGCAGCUGGUGGGGUGAAACCUGUUGUCCAUCACCGUUUUCCAUUCUCUGAAGCAACAGAAGCGCACCGGCUCAUGGAAAGUGGUGAGCACGUAGGGAAGAUCCUGCUUAUCCCUGAUAACUAGUUUGCCGUUCCUCAUGGCCUAUGGAUUUGUAUCCUUUGCACUUCCGAGCUCUGCUUUGUUACCUUCCCUUGGGAUCUGCGGUUCUUUGCGGUUCUUUGAGCCAAGUGGUACUUUGGCUACUACUGCGGGAUAGCUUUAUACCUUCCCCAUGGCUACAACCUAGGCUUUGGUAGGAACCUUCACAUGUGAGGUUCUAGUCUGAGUAUGUAAAGAAAACUGCUAUAUCAGUAUUAGCUAGGACUACGUUUUCUUAUAAGAAUAGUUUUUAUUUUUAUUUUUA